AUGGAUAAUGAUACCGUGAAUGAUAUUGUCAAGAGCCGUAGAUUGAGGAAAACCAAGUUAACCUCAGAGCAAAAUCGGAGGGAUCAUGAAAUGAUCUUAGAGCGGAUAAAGAAGAACGGAGUUAAGAUGGAUUUUGUUUCCGCAUAUAUUGACAAAAUUUUUGGAAUGCAUGUAACAAUAUCUCCGUUACUCGAGUUUGCACUUCACAUAUCUCAUCAAUUCGGGUUAAAGGUCGAUAGAUUGGCCAAAAGAAAUCGCAAUGCCCUUCUAUGCUGGUUUUCGGAGAAUUGGGAAACCGUAUUCCCUCAUCUACAUCAGAUCAAACCAGAUAAACCAUUUAUAUAUGAAGGCACAUCCUCUCAUGUUUCAUCACCAGAAAAAAAAUCAGAAAAUAAUGAGAAACAUGUAACCAAAACUGAUAUCGAUCCAUCAAAUUUAUCCCAUUUAUUGAACUGGCAUUGA